AUGAGCCUCUGGGUGGACAAGUAUCGGCCCACCUCCUUGGGGAGGCUGGAUUAUCACAAAGAACAGGCGGCCCAGCUGCGGAACCUGGUACAAUGUGGAGACUUUCCUCAUCUCUUAGUAUAUGGGCCAUCAGGUGCUGGGAAAAAGACGCGAAUUAUGUGUCUCUUGAGAGAAUUAUAUGGAGCUGGAGUGGAAAAGUUAAGGAUUGAACAUCAGACGAUCACAGGUCUUAUAAUCAAUGAUGCUGGAAAUAGUGAUCGGGUGGUAAUUCAAGAAUUAUUGAAAACAGUAGCACAAUCACAGCAACUUGAGACAAGCACCCAAAGAGAAUUUAAAGUGGUUUUACUGACUGAAGUUGAUAAACUUACCAAAGAUGCUCAGCAUGCCUUGCGUAGAACCAUGGAAAAAUAUAUGUCUACUUGCAGGUUAAUCCUGUGUUGUAAUUCUACAUCAAAAGUAAUCCCCCCUAUUCGGAGUAGGUGCCUUGCCGUUCGUGUUCCUGCUCCCAGCAUUGAAGAUAUUUGCCAUGUGUUAUCCACUGUAUGCAAGAAAGAAGGUCUGAAUCUUCCUUCAGAGCUGGCUCAUAGGCUUGCAGAGAAAUCCUGUAGAAAUCUCAGGAAAGCCCUGCUUAUGUGUGAAGCCUGCAGGGUUCAACAGUACCCUUUUGCUCCCGAUCAAGAUAUCCCUGAGACAGAUUGGGAAGUGUAUUUGAGGGAGACUGCAAAUGCUAUUGUCAGUCAACAGACUCCUCAAAGGCUACUUGAGAUUCGUGGACGACUUUAUGAACUAUUAACUCAUUGCAUUCCUCCUGAAAUAAUAAUGAAGGGCCUUCUUUCAGAACUUUUAAAUAAUUGUGAUGGACAACUGAAAGGGGAAGUUGCACAGAUGGCAGCUUACUAUGAACAUCGUCUUCAACUUGGCAGCAAAGCUAUUUAUCACCUGGAAGCAUUUGUGGCAAAGUUCAUGGCAAUUUAUAAGAAGUUUAUGGAAGAAGGACUAGAAGCCAUGAUGUUCUAAAGUCUUUCAGUCAGUAUCAUUUCUCAAUAUGUCUUAAUAUUGAUAUUUCUCAUAUACAAUUUAUGUUGUAAACUCUGUAGGUCAAAUAAAUUCAUAUUAAUCACUA